AUGUUAAUCAUCAUCACCAUCAACAUUCCCCUCAGUAUCAACCUUCCAUUUACCGUUUUCCACCGCCAACGUCCUAUUUUGCAUCUCUCUCAUGUUGGAACCCUAGACGAUAACUUUUUCACCGGUGAUAAUGAUGACAUUUGUCUCUCUUCGGCUCAAAUUCUAAAGCUCAUGUUAACGGUACGUAGCAUUGUUGCUUUCAAACCAUUCGCUCUUGAUUUUGGAUUCUCGGAUCUCAUUACUAAUAAUGGGAUUAGGGAUUUGGAGUUAAGGGGUGAGGAUUCUUUAAUUGGCGUUGAAAAAGAGGAUGAUGAUGAUGAUGAUGAUAAAGACGAAAAGAAGAAGGAGAAGAGCGAUUUGGGGAACAAGAAACAAGAAAUGGUUACAAAUGUUGAUUUGCAAAUGUUUAUAAAGGGAUUGGAGAUAAAUCAUCAUGAUACCAUGAUGUUUUUUGCUUUACUGGGUUUAUUAUCAGGCUUAUGGGUGGGUGAUUAUGGUUUUUCUUGUUACGUAUUCUUGUGUAUUAGGUGUUGUUAUUGUUUUAGUUGUUAA